GGAUCGUGAGCAAGGUGUUUAUAAAGGGGCAGCAGAGGGAUGCUGGCCAGCCCCCUUCCCAAGUCAAAGCACAGUCCGCGGGAAAGGCGCUCGCUCAGCAACGAUACUUCAAACCAGCGGCUGGGGUUGAAAUCCACAGCGCAAGGAAACCCUUCUCGCCCAGGUUCUCCUCGAGCACCGAAAUCAACUGCAUCGGAAUCCGAGCCAAGAGCAGGUUGAAACAUGCCAAACUACAAGUUAACCUACUUUAAAAUAAGAGGGAGAGCUGAAACUGCUCGUUAUAUUUUUGCGUACAGUGGAAUAAAAUAUGAAGACAGCACAAUUGAAAUAAUGGAUUGGCCCAAUGUAAAACAAUCUCUGCUUUUUCAACAAAUUCCAGUUCUUAAGGUGGAUAAUACCGUACUCAACCAGAGCACUGCUAUUGCGAGAUAUUUGGCCAGAGAAGCAGGCCUAGUGGGAAGAAACAGUCUUGAACAAGCUCAAGCGGAUGCCAUUGUAGACACAAUAAAUGAUUUCAUGAAUUUGUUUCCCUGGACUGAGAAGAACCCAGCUGUGAAAGAAAAGAUUAUGGAAGAUGUUUUCGCCAAUAAGAUCCCCUUACUCCUGGAUGGUUUAAGCAAGCUCUUAGGAAACCAAAUGUGGUUUGUUGGUGAUUCAGUUACCUGGGCUGACUUUCAUUGGGCUGUCUGUUCCAUCACCCUCACCAAUCUAAAUGUUGACAUCUUGCACAACUAUCCCAAAUUGUUAGCUUUGAAAGAACGUGUGGAAGCUCUCCCUAAAAUUGCAGCCUGGAUAGAACAGAGGCCAAAAACUCCGUUGUAACAUUACAGCAUUGGCCUUCACUUAAAAGCACUUAUUAAAGUUCAUAAAAUGGAAAUUAUUUUCUAAAGAACAGUAUAAUUCUUUAAACUGUAUUUUCCAAUAACAGUCUUGGUUUUGUAAUAAUGGAUUUUGAAUAUGUAAACUUUUAAGUUUCUCAUUUGUUGACCAUUCAUCUAAACAUAUAUGAGGAAGAGAGGCUGUAAAAGCUAGGCUUCCCUUGAGUCGAGAAGAUUACAGGGUGACCUGGUGAUGUUUAAUGAUUGGAUAGGAUAGAUAAAGAAACUGACUGAACAAGGGGGCAUAAACUUAAAAUUAGAGCUCGUACGUUCUGGGUGAUGUCAGUGAGUACUUCUUUACACAAAUGUUGGAAGUCUGGAACUCUCCCCAAAAUCUGUGCUAUGGGAACCAAGGUGGGUAAAUGAAGUCAAAGAUCAGCCAUGAUCUCAAUGAAUGGGGGAGCAGGUUCAAGGGGUUGAAUGGUCUAUUCCUGUUCUUAUAUUAAUAUAAACUUCUAAUAGUUGUUUGGCAGUACAGAACUUAAGUAUUGCUGAAAAAAGAGACAUGCUGUCAAAGUUUUUUGUCUUGCACUCAUCAGGACAGAUUUUCAAGAAUACCAAUUGUAAAGGGAGCAAGAAUUAAACUGCAUGAGAGUGCUGAUUGCCAUGGGGAAUGACUGUCCCCUAAGAUUUUAUUUAGGUGAAAAAGGUGGAUAUGCCCUUGUUUAAUCAUUCCCUGGUUCACUCUCCUUGGCAAUGCCUUGACCAGAGUCGACUUGCCUGGUAUGCUGCCUUCCUGGCAUCAGAAUGAAAGAUCUUAUAAAAUAGGAUAGAAAAUAUUUGGGAAUGGAGAGAGAGCAGGCAAAAGCUAAUCGAAACAAAUGACAAAUAGGUUUGAGAUCUUAGAGAGGGAGUUCAAAGAAUUAGGUAUGAGAUUGAUAAAAAGAGCUGAAGGGUGAUAAUCUUUGGCCAGUUCUUGUGCUGGAUGCAUUUAGAAAGAUUAGUGAGGUCAACAUGUUGCUGUGCGGCUGGUGAAGGAAGGGCUCACAUUCUUGGGUCAUCAGAAUGAGCUCUGGAGUCACUACAAGGCUAUAAUGAAACAAAAGCCUUCAUCUGAACUGAAUAAUGCCAAUGUUCUUGCAGGCAGGUGAAUGGAGAGGUUUUUAGCGGGGGAGGGUGGGGGGUAUGUGUGUGUGUGGGAAAAAGCAUUUAAACAAACAUGGCGGGAGUGGAUUAGUAAGGGUCUAGGUUUGAGACUAGAGAACAUGAACAGGAUUAAGAAAGCCCUAGGGGUAGAAACAGAAAGUUUAACUGAAAUGAAUCGGAAUAAUAUAUUAUCAAAGUAGAAAGAGAUAAGAAAACUUCAUGAGGGAGUGAGAUAAAUAAGUUGUUAUAGGACGAACAAGGAAUAUUAAAACCAUUAAAUCAGAAAAAAAGAGAAUAAGGCUUAAUGCCCCCAAAAAUUGGAGUCAGGAUUGAGUGCUACAGAUGUGAAUGUACAAGCAUUCAAACCAAAUUUGGAGAAUUGGAAGCAUGAAUAAUGGUAGAGUGCCAGCAAUCUAAAAUUAAUCCCACCUUCUUUUCUAUGCCAACAGCCACUGUAAAAUAAGUGGGGAAUAAGUCUGCCUUAGCUACUUCACACAAACCUACCGUUACACACUUCAGUGAGCUUACCCCUUAACCACCUCCUGUCUAGGCUGCGGAUUUUAAGCUCCUCUACUUUUUCUCCAUACCUUAUGCCCUUUGUUUCAGCAUAGAUUAGACUAGUGCCCAAUACGACCAAUGUCUAAUAUACUAGCCAUGACGGUUAACUGUGAAUCUGGAUGUGGCCAAGCUAAUUGCAUUUCUGACUAGUAAAUGAGAAUAUUUGUAUAUGUAUUUUAACAUUUUUGUGCAUUUGUUGAUAAAAUGGUGUGACGAAAA